CCUGCGCCCCUUCCCUCUCUCGCUCUCCCGGCGUCCCUUGCGCGGCGCCUGCGCACUGGCCCGGCCCGGCUCAGAGCCGCAUCCUCCUCCAUCAUCAUGGCGGAGCCGCGAGACAAGGCGCUGCAGGACUAUCGCAAGAAGCUGCUGGAGCACAAGGAGAUCGACGGGCGCCUCAAGGAGCUAAGGGAACAGCUGAAGGAGCUUACCAAGCAGUAUGAAAAAUCUGAAAAUGACCUCAAGGCUUUGCAAAGUGUUGGACAGAUUGUUGGUGAGGUUCUUAAACAGUUAACAGAAGAGAAAUUCAUUGUCAAAGCAACAAAUGGACCAAGAUAUGUGGUUGGUUGUCGCCGUCAGCUCGAUAAAAGUAAGCUGAAGCCUGGGACGAGAGUUGCGCUGGAUAUGACCACACUAACUAUUAUGAGAUAUUUGCCAAGAGAAGUUGAUCCACUGGUUUACAACAUGUCUCACGAAGAUCCUGGAAAUGUGUCUUAUUCUGAGAUUGGAGGAUUGUCGGAACAAAUCAGGGAACUAAGAGAGGUUAUAGAGUUACCCCUGACAAAUCCAGAAUUAUUCCAGCGUGUGGGGAUUAUACCUCCUAAAGGCUGCUUGCUGUAUGGCCCACCAGGUACAGGGAAAACUCUCUUGGCCAGAGCCGUUGCCAGUCAGCUUGACUGUAACUUCUUAAAGGUUGUGUCUAGUUCCAUCGUGGACAAAUACAUUGGCGAAAGUGCCCGGUUGAUCAGAGAGAUGUUCAACUACGCCAGGGAUCACCAGCCCUGCAUCAUCUUCAUGGAUGAAAUUGAUGCUAUUGGCGGUCGUCGUUUUUCAGAGGGCACGUCAGCUGACAGAGAAAUUCAGAGAACACUAAUGGAGUUAUUGAAUCAAAUGGAUGGAUUUGAUACUCUGCAUAGAGUUAAAAUGAUAAUGGCUACAAAUAGACCAGAUACUCUGGAUCCGGCAUUGUUGCGUCCUGGAAGACUGGACAGGAAAAUCCAUAUUGACUUGCCAAAUGAACAAGCCCGAUUAGACAUACUGAAGAUCCAUGCUGGUCCUAUAACUAAACAUGGUGAAAUAGAUUAUGAAGCAAUUGUGAAGCUUUCUGACGGCUUCAACGGUGCUGAUCUGAGAAAUGUCUGUACUGAAGCAGGUAUGUUUGCCAUUCGUGCUGAUCAUGAUUUUGUAGUUCAGGAAGAUUUCAUGAAGGCUGUUAGGAAAGUUGCAGAUUCCAAGAAGCUGGAGUCGAAGUUGGACUACAAGCCUGUCUAAAUGUAGCCACGUGGUUAAUGGCUGGCUGUGACUGCAUGGGAGAUAGGGGGUUUCAUAGAUGAAAUGAGAAACAAAAGUAUCCCUUGCUUGUGUUUUUAUUACAAGUGUCUGUAUUACACCAGCAAGCUGGCCAGCUGUUCAUGUUAGUGACCAGUCUGCUGCUGGAGAGCAUGUGGUAUCCUGAACACAACAUGGCCUUCAUGAGAGUCCCACUUUAAAUGCAGAGUAAAAUGUGUUCUCAUGUGGUGACUUUGUGGAAAUGUACAUUUGGUUUGAUCUGGCAGAUUGUAAGACAGUGCAUUUCUUAUUUUAUAUCAUUUAACAAUUUUUUCUUCCCUUCAAAGAGUUAAAAUAAAACUUGUUUAAUUCCUG